AUGCCUCCGAGACGGAGAAGCAAGAAAGUCGAAGUUGACGCGGCGGACAACACUUCAGCGCGUUCGACGCCGCCUCCAGCUGCCGCAUUAGCUCUCGGUCCAUUGCUGAAUGAUGUCGACCUUGCAGCCCUUGGUGGCUUGUUUCCAGAAGCAAACCUUGAAACUCCGUCUCCAGUCCUUAUUGUCCAGUGCUACAAACUCAUACUGAAUCAAGCCGCGCAGCUCGAUGAGAAAGAACAGAAUAUUGAGGUACUUGAGGCAGAGGCAGAGCGGAAGGAGAUCGAACUAGACCAGGCUUUGCAUGAUAAAGAGAGUUUGCUUUCCGAACUCGAUACGAAUGUGAAGGACGUUCAGGACGAACUCGAAGCCGUGAAGGCUGAGAAAGAAGAAAUAGCCGCUGCCCGAGCCGAGCUACAGUCGCAACUUGAAAAAGUUAGCACAACUCAGUCCUCAUCCUCGCAUGAAGUCGUUGCCCUGAAGAAAAAGGUCGAAGACGUGGAAAGGGAGAAGAGAGAAUUACUGGGGGUCGUCAGUCGUCUUCAAGAAGACGUUGCACAGAGGAACGAGGAGAUUACAACGUUACGUGAAAACCUCAAGGUUGCACGGAAGGAGGCACAGGAAGUAGAGUCAAGCCUUCGAGACGUGCGAUCUUCGGAGAGAUCAACGGCAUUUAAGGUUGACACCCUUACUCAUCAGUUGCAGCUGGCAAAGGACGAAAAUGAACGUACGAACGCGGAACUGGCCAAGAAAUCUGAAGAAUACUCGAAUUAUCGCCGUGACAAGCAUACAGAACUGGUGCAGUUACAGGCCGAACUCGACUCAGUCAAGCAGACGCACAACCAAACCCUCAGUACUCUGCGUACUCUCCAAACAUCCCACAAUACGCAAUCUCAGCAGCUGUCGCAAACAUUGCAGAAGGUGCAUGACUUGACGAACCAACUCGCCGAUCAGGAGGCCAAAUAUUCCAGCGAAGCUGCAAAUCUCCGUCGACUCGUGCAAAUGAUGGAAGAAAGGGAGAAUCAGGCGAAGGAGUUGGUCGCCGGUAUAGAGAAAGACUGGGAAGGCUUGGGAGAGAAGGCUGCCGCUAGCGAGCAGAAGUUGCGCGACGCGUUGGAGGAGGAACAGAGGAGAUCAAAACAACUUGAAGACGAAUUGGAGGAAUUAAGGGGCGUCUUGGAUUGUAUAAACGCUGGUGAGCUUCCGGUACCCCCGCGAGAACAGGCUUCGCCAGACGAAUCUUCGGAGAAUCUGUUCAGCUUCAGUCCAGGUAUAUCCAUGAUUAAUCGUAUGCAGAAGAGUGGCAAGACCUUCACCGAAGUCUACGCGGAAUACGUCAAGAUGCAGGGCGAGCUCAGGAUUAAGACUCGAGACAUGGAGAAUUUGGACCGGACUCUCACUGACGUUCUUGCUCAGCUUGAAGAGGCCACUCCCGCUCUCUCGCGACAGAAGAAAGAGAUUGAACGAGUGCAAGCGGAGUCAGAUCAACUCGCUGCACAAUUGUCUCAGGCUCUUGCCGAACGUGACGACUGCUUGGUUAAACUAGAUGACACCAACAAGAAGCUUCAAAAAUCUCAGGAAGAGAACUCUAGGUUAACUCAGCAGGGAGCAGACCUCGGCCGACAGAUCCAAUCCCUUCUCAAAGACCUUGGUCGUAUGCAUGACGCCACUUUGCUAUCAGACGAGGACAUGGAGAACGUAGCACCGGCAGUGAAUAUUGAGGACGUCAUUACCAAUAAUCUCGUUCUUUUCCGAUCGAUUCCACAACUCCAAGAGCAGAACAUGAAGCUCUUGCUCUGUGUGCGCGAACUGGGUGCGAAGAUGGAAGCCGAAGAGCGGGCAUAUAAAGAACGACUCGAGACUGAGCAGGCCGAGGCAAUUCGUGAAGCUCACGAAGCGAUACAGACGUUGCAGGCUCAGUUGGAGAACAUGCAGAGCAGCCAGCAAGCUACGGCCCAAGCGUACGCCAAGGAGCGGGAUAUGUUGAAGACCAUGCUUGCGCGCUACGAGCGUAGUGGAGCGGUCCCGUCUGUUGAGGACGUUCGAUCGCAGGCUACAUCACCUCUAAUCAACGGUAUUGUUCGCGAGCCCUCAGACCUGGAGAAGGAGUUAGAAGAAGUUCGCAGUAACUUUGAGGCGUACCGGAAGGAGAUGGGCGUUGAUACGGUGAAGCUCCGCGAUGAGGUCUUGCGAUAUCAGCGCGAAGCCAGCCAGUUGGGUGCGGCAUUAGCAAAGGCGAACGCUAAGAUUGAGUUCCUCAAUGAACGAUAUCGGAUGGCACAAGAGCAAUACGUCUUACAUGAGCGUGAAGCACAGAAUUUGCAAAAGCGUAACCAGCAACUUCACGAUCAGUAUAUGCGUUUGGAUAUUGCAUGUAACCAUGCUUCGGAAGAAUUGUCUACGGCAAACAGCCAGAUUGAACGUCUUCGGAACGAGUGCUCAAACCUUCGUGCGGAGAAGAAAAUCUGGGAGAAUGUGCAAACUCGCCUGCUCGACGAGAACAAGGUCCUUUCUCUUGAACGAUCGCGUAUGGCAGACUUAAUCGGCAACGUGCAAAAGAUGCAUAACGAUAUCGACCGGGCGAAUGAAAGCGAUAGGAGAAGGCUGGAAGCUCAAAUUCAAUCGCUAGAGACCCAAUCCCAAGAUCUCCGCACCCAGUUAUCUCAUGAGCGUGACACUGGCCGUCAAACCUCGCUGCAGAAGGAUAUCGAAGUGCAGGAGUUGCGGACGAAGAUUGACCGUUCGCUAUUCCUUCAGGUUGAAAAUCUCUCUAAAGCACGUGAAGCACUGGUUGAAGCUGAGACAAGCCGGAAGCACCUCCAGGAACGUGUUGAUGGCCUCGUUAAGCAAGUACAGAUGAACGAAGAGAAGCUUGCCGUCUACGAACGCCGUACCUCAGUUACUGGAACGACUAGCACUAUUCCUCAGUCAACUUCUGAUGAUGCCGCGUCCGAUCAGGACCUAAGAGCUGAAAUCGCUGAGCUUCGUGGUGCAUUAAAGGCUGCCGAAGUGGAUCUUGCAGCGGCUCGUAGUCACGUUCAGCAGUUCCAGGAAAUCAGUCAAGCUAGCGAAGCCGCUCUCCAAUCUCUCUCCACGACGCAUGAUGAAUUUAAGGCUUCGACUGAGGCCCAGAUCGCAAAAUAUGAGGCUCAACAAAAGACGUUGGAGGAGAGGAUUGCUUCGAUGCAAGCAGAGUUAGACCGACUCAACUCCAAAAACACCGAACUUCAACAAGUACUAGAAAAGGAGCGUGCUGCAUUCAUGCAAGAUAAGAAAACAUUGGAGGACACCAUUGUUGAUAUCACGAAUGCCGAGAUGAGUUCACGAACUGAUCAGGCUUCUCGUGAGAAUGAUAUACGCGAGCAAAUAGAGCGCGCUAAGGCCGCCGAAGAGAAGUAUGCUCGGGAGGUCGUUGCUCAUGCCGAGUCGAUCAAAGCAGUCGACGGACUCAAGAAAGAACUGACUGAAGCCCGCGCGACUAUCCGAGAGAAGGUGCUGCAGACUGAGACUGCGCAGGCGAACUUUACUUCUUCUGAGGCCAGCUGGAGUCAACAGCGAGAUGCACUCAAUAAGGAGAUUGCUGACCUCACAGCUCGCUCAAAGGAUCUAGCAUCACAAAAUGCUACCCUGCACCAGCAUCUCGAGUCCGUUAGCUCACAGGCAUCUCGUAUACGCCAGGCCGCAGAUUCAGACGUCAAUGUUCCCGAAGCUGGAGAAGGCGACGAUACAGAUGGUCGAAUCGCAGAACUGCGUUCCGUCAUCGCCUAUCUCCGGAAGGAGAAGGAGAUCGUCGAUUUACAGCUUGAGCUCGCUAAACAGGAGAGUGCAAGGCAGAAGACCCAGAUCGAACAUCUUGCUCAAGCUUUGGAGGAGACCAGAACAACUCUGUCUAAUGAGCGCGAGGAAGCUGCGAAGUCCGUUGGGAACUCUGCAGAACACGCUGAGCUCCUAGAGAGGAUUAACCAACUGAACAUCCUCCGCGAAAGCAAUGCGACGCUUAGAGCAGAGAGUGAUGCCCACGCCAGGAAAGCGCGUCAACUCGAGUCAACACUGAAUCAGUUACAAUCUGAGCUUGGUCCAGUCAAAGAGGAGGCGAAGACCUUGCGUGCCGAGCUUGAGGCAAAGAAUGGUCAAAUCCAGCGGUUGGAAGACGAGAAUCGUCAAUGGAAGGAACGGAACAGCCAACUUUUGACAAAGUACGACCGCAUUGAUCCGAAUGACGUUCAAGCUCUCAAAGACGAGAUUGAAGACUUACAAAUUGAUCUGCGCAAAGCAGAGGAAGAGAAGACGGCUUAUACUGCAGAGGCUGAAGCCAAGGCAAAACUCCUUGAAGACACGCAGAACACCCUCACUGAAUUCCGGACCAAGUACAACUCGCUUGGACAGGAGUCUCGCAUGCGACUUGGGCAACUGAACCAACAGAUCGCCAAACUUAAUGAGAUUGUCUCGGAACUACGAAAGCAAGUCAAGGAGUUGACUGCUGAGAAGGAACGCCUCGCUAGUCAGGCUCCCGCUAUGGCACCUUCGGAGCCAAAUGCUGAACUUGAGGCACUCAAAACUCAGUUAUCGGCUGCUACCCGAGAGAAGGAGACGUCUGCGAAACUAUUGGCUGAAGAGAUGAGUAAAGCAGCUAAGGCUGCCGCGGACUACGAGGCUGCUAUGACUGCGCUUCGCGAAGAACGAGAUAAACUUCUCGCUGAAAAAGCAUCCGGUCAGAGUGCAGAGGCGUCUGCACCCGAAGCCGCUGACGUUGCUCAAGUUCGUCAACAGCUUGAGACGGAGAAGGCUGAACUAGCGAAAGCUCGGGACGAAGCGCUUACUCGUGCGAAGAGCGCGGAAGAACGUGUCGCAAAGGCUCUGAAUGAAGCAAGGAAUAUCCGUCUCCAGAAUGAGAAGUUCCAGGCUCGUAUAGCUGAGAAUGAAAAACGGAGGAUUGCAGAUGGAGAGAAGUUAGCCGCCCUGACGGAAAAACACAAACAGGAACAAGACCAGGCUGUGACGGAAGCAACAGAGAAGCUUCGUGCUGAGCUUCAAAAUCCGGGUGCAGAUACUGCUAAGGUCGCUGCCCGCCACGCAGAGGAGCUUCGUGCAUUGGAAGCCAGACUUGCCGCCAAGCAUGAGGAAGAACUCAAGAACGCAAUCGAAAAGGCUCGUGAAGAGGCCACAAAGGCCGCUGCAACUACAACUGCUUCUCAGAGUAACCAGCAUGCGAUAUCGCAAGAGGAGCACGAACAAGCUCUCAAGGCGGCGACAGAGCGUGGAAGGAUGGAAUCUGUGACGAAGAUAAAAUUAAAGGAUGGCAUGUUGCAAAAAGCCCAGGCGAACGUCAAACAUCUCGAGGCUCAAAUCAAGGCUUGGCGUGAGGCGGGCAUUAUUCCUGCUAAUGCACCUACUAUUCCCCCAGGCUCUGUAGCCACUCCUGUGAAAACCGCUGCUUCCAUUCCAGCGAAACCCGUUCAGGCAACAAAUGCGUCUACUGCUUCAGGCAGUGGUGGGGCAGUCUCAGGUGGUACGACGACCAGUGCAACUGGGACUGCUGCCGUUCCCGCAGCCGGCCCGUCAACAGCUGCAACACCCGCAGCUCUUCCGAGAAAACCGACUUUGAGUGUCGCUGGAGCAGCCGCGGGAGCUGCUGCUACCGAUGCGAGUGUUCGCGGAGCACGUGGUGGCGCACGGGGUGUACGAGGUGCUCGUGGUGUUGGCCGUGGAGGUGCUGUUCGGGGCGGCGCUCCAGCCGCCGUCAUCCAAGCUGCUGCUGCUAAUGCAGCAGAGAGCGGAGGCGUGUCUAUCAUGGGUGCAGCAGCAAAACGUGCCCGAGAUGAAGUUGGUGGUGAAAACGCUGCAGAAUCACUCGCAAAACGCAUAAAACCCGCAGAAGAGGAUGUGUUACGAGCACUUCUACUUGAAGAGAUCGACCUUGAAAUUGGCCUACGCUCCCGGGUGAAAGAAACAGUUGAGGCUCGGCUUAAUUGGGCUCUCCUCCUGCAAGAUGCUCUCGAGAAACACAUUGAGCUGCCAGAUACACAGGUGAAAAAAGACACCCCGAACCGCUUCGCAGACCUUGCAAUUGCUGCGCACAAGGCUACAAAGGAACCUUUGUCGGUCUUCCUACCAACUGACCCUCCAGAGCCUUUAGGCAUCUUAGACAAUCAUGCUUUCCCUACGAAGCCUAAUGAAGCUAUUCGGAGUCCUGUUCAAGAGUUCGUACGACCUCGACAUACGACCCGCCCGCAUGUUCACCUGCACCACGAAGACCGCGUUGUGAAAGAACCGAAUAAAUUCCUUUUCUUGCGCGAUACCAGCGCAACGCCGACGAUGGUGUAUAAGAUUGCGUGUCCGGACUGUCAUCGCUCGGACUUUCCGCGUCUGCAAGGUCUGCUGAACCACUGCCGUCUGAAACACCACCGCGAGUUCGGGAGCCAUGACGAAUGCGUGCAGGCGUGUGCGGUUGUUGUUCCGGAGGAAGAGCAGACAUUUGUGAUUGAGCAUGGGUUGGAGGUGACGGGUAUGAGUGCGAGUUUGCAACGUCUUUUUAAGAUGGCGGUCGGCUCGUAUGAGGGCAUCGUAACUGUUCCGGAGACAGAGGAGGCACAGGAGCUUGCGAAGGUCGUGCAACCCCACGCACAGAUAAAGUCUGAGGAGGAUGGGAGAGGAAUGUCUACAUUACUCACGAAGACAUUGGGACAUCACAAAGAUACACCAGCGUUAGCUCCGUUCCUCGGCAGGGCACCGAAGAAAAGAGAGAUACGCGUCUUUGAUACCGAUGAGCCAGUCGAUGUUCUCAAUGUCGAUGACAAUGCUCAGAAACGCGGUUGGAGAAUGCCUUAUGCCGAACGAAGUCUCUCUGCUGAAGCUACGGAAGAAAAAGCGUCCUCUGAAGAUAACAUUGCGGAAAAUACGUUGGAUCCUUCUGUAGAAUCGGGCGGUCCCUUGAGGACUCACGAGGGCAGCAGAUUCCAUUUUCCAGUGAGGCUCAUAGUCACAGACUACAGUAUGCGUCUUCCAACUGAGGAAACAAGUACAGGAGGCAAGGCUACACACAAGUGGAUGGUUUCUGUCUCAACAGCGUCAUACAGUAUCCAUGCCAGUACCGUUCUGGCUAAAGUAACAGUGACAUCCGCUACCGAACCUCCUCCAUCUACCUUUGUCACUCCUUUCUCUGUCUCGGAACCUCCGUACUGUAUAAUGGCAACCACAGACAAGCCGUACCUGGCGCGGAUAAGCCUGGAGUGGUUGGAUACACGAAAUAGUCCGACUCAUAUUGAGCACUGGGUCGAGCUGGAUAUGGGCAAAUCUGCUCGACCCGUCAAAGGCGACGAGCAAGUCCUUGACAUCGAACUCGAUCGUCAUACCGAGCUACGACCUCGGAAAGGCGACACCUGGGUCGUAAAGUGGUCUGACGGCCUCGAGAAACGGUCAACCUCCGUUGAUCAGGAGACAAAGUCACGAGAGUCACCAGGCUCAUCUGAUCCGGAGCACAUAAAGCGCCUGAAAAAAACUAUUCAACGCUUCCCGAUGACAGUACAAGAUGCAGGUCCCCGUAAACUCAUGCAGGUGCCAUACUUCUUGCCCUUCACCACUCAGCAUUUUGAGAGCUUGGUGGAGGGACGGCGUCGAGCGAUUGAAUGGGGACGCGCUAGAGCAGUUUGGGACGACUUCAUAUCUUCAGGAGUAAUGGAAGAAUCAGCACCGCAGAGCGUUCAAUCUCCUGAGUCAAGCGUCAAAUUUUCUGGGCCAAUGGACAUCUAUCGUUGGAUGGUGAAAGAGGGACAUUUCCCGCGUUCUGCUCAGCAUGCCCAAGAAUCAGCCAAGAGGUCUUCAGUUCCUGACUCGUUUUGCGCAUUUUGCGGCUUACGUCUAUCCGCGCAUCGUAAGAUCAAGGGCGGGAAGGCUAAAGACUCCGAAGACGGAGCGUCUGGGCGAGUGUGCGAGCAACCUUCGUGGGCGGGGAGCAUGCCCAUUGUGGAUGUGCAAGAGUUCCGUGCAUUACAACCGCAGACCCUGAAACGCCGAGCGCUGUCCGAAAGAUUGAGUGAAGACGCUCAUAUCCGCAUACUUCAGACGAUAGACCCGGCUCUGAUACGCGGCGUGCAACGGGCAGUAUCGGACUUACAGCUACCCAGUUUCAUGCCUCUACAGUCAUCCAUGACUUCAGGGAUUAUUCCGUCAAAAGUGCAGUGCGAAAAAGAUCUUUUACCGUAUGCAUUGUUGGCAUCCUCAGCACGUGCCUUUAUUCACCUAUUAGUUUAUGGUGGCUUGCAAGUGAUAGAUGCUAAAGCUGAAAAUACAGUGAAGCAGGGCACUGCAGGAACGAGCGGACCGCACGGGGCGAAAAAACGCCUUCUAGUACCAGUCCACGUUUUACGGGGACUCGUCGAAGGAUCAAGACGGAAAGGUGCCAGAGAAGUGCAUCGAGCUCUAUUGUUAAGCAUGGCACGACUAGGUGUCGCCGUUCACGACACUGAACCCGCUCCUCCUACGCCCUACAUCGACCAAAUCGCAGCUAGCACAGCCAACCAGAACGAGGAUCGCUUGAACGGAACGAAAUGA